AUGUUCUCGGGCGCGGAUGGAGGCGUAGAAGGCCCCCGGCGCCGGCGGCAGGAAAGGCCCCCACCGGGUGCCCGCGGCGCGCCUGAGCCGAAACUGCCUCGUAACAGGUCGCGCCCCUUUAUCUACUCCCUUUCUUAUAUCAAGAGGGGAAAAACACGGAACUACCUCUACCCGAUCUGGUCACCAUACGCCUAUUACCUUUACCGUUACAAAUACCGGAUCACCCUCCGGGAGAAGAUGCUGCCUUGUUAUAAAAGCAUCACUUAUAAGGAACAGGAGCACUUGACACUCCGACCCCGUUGCUGUCUUCAGUGCUCCGAGUCCCUAGUAGGCCUUCACAGGGGCAGAAGCAGCGAGCAGGGUGAUCAAGACGAGCUUAAAGAACUGUAUUCGGCUGGGAACCUGACGGUGCUGGCUACUGACCCCCUGCUUCACCAGGACGCGGUGCAGUUAGACUUCCACUUCCGCCUCACCCCCCAGACCUCUGCCCAUUGGCACGGCCUUCUUUGUGACCACAGACUCUUCCUAGAUAUCCCAUACCGGGCCUUGGAUCAAGGCAGCCAGGAAAGUUUGACUGCAACACUGGAGUAUGUGGAGGAGAAGACCAAUGUGGAUUCUGUGCUUGUAAACUUCCAAAACAACCGGAAUGACAGAGGUGCCCUGCUACGGGCCUUCAGCUACAUGGGCUUUGAAGUGGUCAGACCAGAUCACCCGGCCCUUCCUCCCUGGAACAAUGUCAUCUUUAUGGUGUAUCCCCUUGAAAGGGACCUAGGCCACCUGCCCAGUGAAACUCCCUGA